AAUAAAAUGUUUUUGGCGAAAAUCAGCCAGAAUCGUAUGAUAUCCGUUUCAUUUAUUACAUUUUUAUUGUUUGAAGUGAGUUUUAGUUUAUAAUAGUGGAGUCAUUUAGCAACACAAGUUUCAUAAAAAUCUAUAAAAGGUAUGUAUAAUUAAAUUAAAUAAUACGGAGCGUGAGUUUUAAUGAAGAAAAGUGUGUGGAGUUAUUGCACAUGCAUCUUUUGGUAGGCAUAAAAAUUCUUACGAAGUAUUGACUCAAACAUUAAAACUUUAGUAAAAAAAAAUAGAAGAAAUACCGUAUUGGACGUAUGGACUAGACUCCUGUACUUUAAAAUAAAAUUAAAAAUGAAAAUCAAGAAAUGUCAAAUUUAAUUGUCAAAUUUUGCCGGCGCAUUAUUUUGGCUUCGUGUGGUAUGUUUUUCUUUGAAAAUACAAUAAUUUAAUAAAUAAUCCUGUAGUUGAUAUGUUUAUCUGAGACGUAUUUCAUUAAUUCUAUUUACCAUAUUCAUCGUUCAUUCAUGAUAUACAGUUAAUUCUAAUUGACCUUCUGCGUUACAGAUUUCGGCGGGAAAUUAUUUUAAUAUUAUCAAAGAAGUUAAUCUAAUCAAAUAGAUAAGUAAUUCUUUUUUUAUUUAAAAAUGGACAAAAGAAAACAUAUCCAAGGUCCACCACUAAAAAGAUUUAAGUCUCGGGACGAUGAAGAAAAUGAAAUGCCAAGUAGUUUUGAAGAGCAAUUAGCUGUCAUGGAAUGUGAUUUUGACACUCAAAUAGUUGUCGGAGAAGGUCCAGAGAAUCAAAUAACAAAUAUGAAAUGGAGUAGGCCCGAACCACCACCAUUAGAUCCUAAAAAAGAUAAGUUGGUGUUUCAACAGAUAGAAAUUGAUCACUAUAAUGGGCAGCCUAUACCAGGCAUGCCUGGAUCACAAUUGGGUCCAGUGCCUAUCAUGAGAAUGUAUGGAAUAACAAUAGAUGGAAAUUCGGUAUGUUGUCAUGUGCAUGGAUUUUCACCAUACUUUUAUGUAACUGUGCCUGUAAAUUUUAAAGAAAAUUCUUGUAAUGACUUAAAAACUAAUUUAAAUAAGGCUAUUUUGGAAGAUUUACGUUCUAAUAAGGAGGACCUACAAGAAUGUGUUUUAGAAGUUCGACUUGUAAAAGCUCGCUCUAUUAUGUAUUUUAAAGGUGACAAUGACAUUGUAUUUGCAAAAGUGUCAGUUGCAUUGCCAAAAUUGAUUGCUGCUUCAAAGAGGUUGAUUGAAAAAAAUCCUCCCAUAUUCAGUUUGAUGGACCCAUAUUUUUAUGAAACCAACAUUGAUUUUGAUAUACGUUUCAUGGUUGAUACUUCAGUUGUUGGUUGCAGUUGGAUAGAAUUGCCAGCUGAGAAGUGGUUGUUAAGAAAUCCUCAUUCUACCUUAAAACCAGAAUCCAGAUGCCAAAUUGAGGUAGAUGUUGCAUGGAAUUCUUUCAUUUCCCACCAACCUGAAGGCGAAUGGUCUAAAGUUGCACCUUUCCGUAUAUUAAGUUUUGACAUUGAAUGUGCAAGUAGAAAAGGAGUAUUCCCUGAACCUAAUCAUGACCCUGUAAUACAAAUUGCAUCAAUGGUUAUUAGACAGGGUGAAACAGAACCUUAUAUAAGAAAUGUUUUUACAUUGAAUACAUGUGCUCCUAUAGUUGGCUCACAGGUUAUCAGUUUUCCAUCUGAAUCUGAAAUGUUGAAUAAAUGGUCGGAUUUCUUUCGAGAACUUGACCCAGACAUUAUUACAGGUUAUAAUAUCAACAACUUUGAUUUACCCUAUCUUAUCAACAGAGCAAAACAUCUAAAAGUUACUAGUUUUGACUUUUUAGGUAGAAUCAAAAACAUUAGAUCAGUAAUAAAAGAUUCUGUUUUGCAAUCAAAACAGAUGGGACGUAGAGAAAAUAAAAGCAUUAAUUUUGAAGGCAGAGUUCCUUUUGAUUUAUUACUAGUUCUCGUAAGAGAUUAUAAACUAAGGUCUUAUACUCUUAAUGCCGUCAGUUACCAUUUUCUACAGGAACAAAAAGAAGAUGUUCAUCACAGUAUAAUUUCAGACUUGCAAAAUGAAAGUGAGCAGACCAGAAGAAGGUUAGCCAUGUAUUGUUUGAAGGAUGCAUAUUUGCCUCUAAAACUUCUGAAUAAGUUAAUGUGUAUAGUUAAUUAUAUGGAAAUGGCCAGAGUCACUGGAGUCCCCUUAGCAUGUUUAUUAACCAGGGGCCAACAGAUCAAAGUUGUAAGUCAGUUGCUAAGAAAAGCUAAAGAAGCUGGUUAUUUAAUGCCUGCUUAUCAUGGAAAAGGUUCGGAGGAACAAUUUGAAGGGGCGACAGUGAUUGAACCUAAGAAAGGUUAUUAUGCAGAUCCUAUAUCAACAUUAGAUUUUGCAUCAUUAUACCCAAGUAUUAUGAUGGCUCACAAUUUAUGUUAUACCACUCUUGUACAGCCAAAUGCUGUAAAAGACAUGAGCCCAGAAGAUGUUACUACUACACCAUCAAAAAAUAUGUUUGUAAAAGCUCAUGUCCGAAAAGGCUUACUUCCUGAAAUAUUAGAGUCAUUGCUUGCAGCAAGAAAAAAAGCAAAAGCAGAAUUGAAGGAAGAGAAAGAUCCUUUUAAAAAAUCGGUCCUUGAUGGUAGGCAACUUGCUUUAAAAAUAAGUGCAAAUUCAGUAUAUGGUUUCACAGGAGCACAAGUAGGUAAAUUGCCAUGUCUUGAAAUAUCGGGAAGUGUUACAGCUUAUGGUCGCACUAUGAUAGAAUUCACAAAAUCUGAAGUUGAAAAAAAAUAUACAAAAACAAAUGGUUACAAAGAAGAUGCUGUUGUUAUUUAUGGAGAUACUGAUUCUGUCAUGGUAAAAUUUGGAGUUAAAACUUUAGAAGAAAGUAUGGAAUUGGGGAAAGAAGCUGCAGAUUUUGUUUCUGCAAAAUUUGUAAAACCUAUUAAACUUGAAUUUGAAAAAGUAUAUUAUCCAUACUUGCUUAUUAACAAAAAAAGAUAUGCCGGAUUAUAUUUUACUAGACCAGAUAAAUAUGACAAAAUGGAUUGUAAAGGAAUAGAGACUGUAAGAAGAGACAAUUGUCCUCUAGUUUCCAAUAUGAUGAGUACUUGUCUUCAAAAAUUGUUAAUUGAUAGAGAUCCAGAUGGAGCUGUUAACUAUGCUAAACAAAUUAUAUCUGAUUUAUUAUGCAACCGUAUUGAUAUAUCGCAGUUAGUUAUCUCCAAAGAGUUAACAAAAAAUGAUUAUGCUGCUAAGCAAGCUCAUGUUGAAUUAGCUAAUAAAAUGAAAAAACGUGAUCCUGGUACUGCUCCAAAACUUGGAGACAGAGUUCCUUAUGUACUAUGUUGUGCUGCUAAAAAUACACCUGCUUAUAUGAAAGCAGAGGACCCUAUUUACGUUUUGCAAAACAGUAUACCUAUAGAUUUUCACUACUAUAUGGAAAAUCAAUUAGCUAAACCAUUGCUGCGAAUUUUCGAACCUAUUCUUGGAGAAAAAGCAGAAUCACUUCUGCUCAAGGGUGAACAUACUCGUACCCAAGCUAUGGUCACAUCUAAAGUUGGAGCUUUAGCAGCAUUCACUAAAAAGAAAGAAAAGUGUCUAGGUUGCAAAACUGUCAUGCCAAACGAUUCAAAAGGAGCUUUGUGUAACCAUUGUUUGGAGAAAGAAGGAAAACUGUACAUAACAGAAGUAUUCAAAUUAAGACAACUUGAAGAAAAGUUUUCUAGACUAUGGACUGAAUGUCAAAGGUGUCAAGGCAGUCUCCAUGAGGAAGUUCUUUGUACAAACAGAGAUUGUACUAUAUUUUACAUGAGAACUAAAAUGGGUAUGGAAUUAAACAGUCAAAAUAAAAGUGUAUUAAGAUUUGGAUAGCUUUCAUUGGAUUAUGUGAUAUGUUAUGUUACGAUUAUUAAAUAAAUAAAAGUGUUAUUCUGUAAAAUAUAUUUUACUGAACCAUUUCACAGCAGCAAAUGUCACUUAUCAAGAAUAUGAAUAAUGGAAUGACAUAAGUUCAUACAUUUUAUAAAUACUACCAAAUAAAAUAAGAAACUAUAGGAAUAGGUAGGGCAAAUUGAGAGUAAUUAUUAAAUUAUGUAUUUCUGGUGCAUUGAUCAUCCACAAAAGUA